GUUUAACACCUGUUUUAGGGCAGUUUCGAGAGGACCUACAUGAACUGGGGCCUGAGUAGCCAGGGGCCCCGUUUCACUAACUCCAGCCCUGACAGAUGUGCAGGUCUAUAAAUGUUAAUAGUGAUUUAAUAUGAGAAGCCUGAUAAUUACAUUGUUACUAUGGAGUAUUGGUGGAUAAUCAGUGCACCCCCAGCACAUUUAUAUGGAUGGGGCCCUGAGAUUUCUUAUGGCAGCUCGGCAUAGAGAAUGAGAAUUAUAUGGAGUUACCUGGAGCUGCACAGGGAAUCGGCCCUUUGACUUCUGGGGCCACAGAACAAAUGUGUCACAGAAUUACCUGCCCCCCCGGAGCAACGGAAUAUUAUACAGAAUGGAAUCAUUCAGAAAAGUCUUUUUUUUAAUAUCCCCACAGUGUAAAAAUGGAGUCACUUCUACCAUCCGCCGAUGCCCAACUCAGCGUCUUCGAUAGCUCUGAUACUCCAGGAGAAAUAAAGAAGUAUAUACAGUCGAAUGCGAAAAAUGACCCCAGAUUCCUAGAGCUGCAGACGUUCCUGAUUGAUUGGAUUAACACCGAACUGAAAGAGGAGCACAUUGUGGUGAAGAGCAUUGAGGAGGACCUGUAUGAUGGGCUCGUUCUUCAUCAUCUGCUCAAAACAAUUGCGGGAAUGAAACUGGAAGUGGAGGAAAUUGCACUGUCAGCCAACAGCCAGAAGCGCAAGUUGGGAAUCAUUAUGGAGGCCAUAUCCCAGAGUCUGCAGCUGCAGGAGACUGACCUGAAAUGGAGCAUAAAUGAGAUCCACAACAAGGACCUACUGUGCACGUUGCACCUCAUUGUGGCCCUCGCUCAGCACUUCCGACCGGACUUGGAGCUUCCGGCCAACGUGGGAGUAGAAGUGAUCAGAGUGGAGCCGAACCGAAGUGGAAUUAAAACGGAGAACGUUAUUGAAUAUAUUACUGGCAGCAGGGACGGAGAUGCCAAAUCAAAGCCCGACGCGUUCGAUCACCUGUUUGAACAGAAUCCCGAAAAAGUGGAAGAUGUAAAGAAGGCGAUCAUAAAUUUUGUGAACAAACACUUGGUAAACCUGAGCCUGACGGUGACGGAGCUGGAGAGCCAGUUUGCUGAUGGCGUAAUCCUCCUGCUCCUCAUCGGGCAACUGGAAGGCUAUUUCAUGAAUCUCAGCUCCUUUUUCCUGACUCCCGGCACCCAGGAAGACAAGGUUCAUAACGUCUCGCUGGCACUGGAUCUUCUUUUGGAAGGAGGGAUCAUAGAGAAUCCUAUUAACCCUGCAGAUAUAGUGAAUGGGGAUCUAAAAGCGACUCUGCGGCUCCUGUACGGACUGUUCCUGAGACACAAGCGCAGGUAGAACCGGUCCCGGCAGAAUCAGCACCGGGGGAGCCCGUAAAUAAUUAUUCUAUUCUAAUUAGUGCCGGGCAGUUCGUUAUAAAUAAAUACAUCCAGUUCCUCU